AUGUUACCCCAGCUCUUUCAACGCGAGAAGAGGGUAUAUCAGAAGUCUCUUCCUACUUUGAGAGCUAUGAAAAGCCCUCAUCGGACCGCCGAGCACAUGAAGUGGUCUGAUCAACAACUAGGCAGUGUCUUCGACGACAUCUGUCAAGGUCAAAGGGAUGAAAGUGCUCCCUUGCGAUUGUUGAUGUUUCUCGAUGCAGUGGACGAAAGCCUGGAUCGUGAAAUGGAAGCCGUCGUGAGUAGUCUACGCAGACUCCUCUCGACCGCUCGCAAGCACAGUGUCUUUCUCGGGAUUUGUAUCACCAGCCGCCCUCUACCUGAGCUGCGACGUGAAGCCGAUCUCGCCUGCGGAUGCAUCUCGCUACAAAAAGAAAACCACGACGCAAUCUACACUUACAUUGAGUCGGAGCUAGCAUCCAGACGCGAUGAUCGGCGGGGCGAAGACUAUUAUAGUAGAUUCGCGGAGAAGGUUGCUGAAAGAGCAGAUGGUGUCUUCCUUUGGGUUGCACUUGUAGUUCCCAGAUUGCGGAGGAAGAUUGAUAACGGAGGCACAAUCCGGGAACUGGAAGCCUUGCUUCAAGACAUCCCGAACAAUCUGAAGAAGCUCUUCAUCGAUAUCUUGCAGAGGAUACCAGGUCCAGAUCUUGGGAUAACGAUGCGGACACUUCAGAUUGCCACGCUAGUCCGGAGACGUUUAACUCUAGAAGAGUUCCAGCAUGCUUUAGCGUUUCAACCAGGCUCGCCCUACAAGUCCCUGGAGGCCUGGAAACGCUCGUCCGACUUUCUGGAACUUGGUAAAAUGCUUAUUGCGAGACUUCAGUACUACUCUGGUGGACUUCUGGAGCUUCGCGAGGAAUUGGACGUCGAGAUUGAUCCUGUAACACAAUACCAGGAGUUCUUACAAAAUUUCCCACCGCAACCGCUCUCACCCGAUCCAACGAGACUGAGGCAAGAAACGACCAAGCUACGAGCGGAGGAGAAUAUUCCUUCGGACAUCUAUCCAAAAUUAUUUCCGGAGAUGCUACGGAAGUUCACCCCGGGGAAAUCGAAGGCUGACACAGAAAUCUACGUAUCCGCAACCCCACCUAGGAAAACUGUGCGCCGUCGGGUCAAGUUCAAAUCCAAGCCAUCUCCAAUAUUCAACAUUCCCUCAGCACCUCCAGGCGGACAUAGACCUAUUCCAGAUUUAUGUCAGUUCUUGUCAAAGCCCAUUCACCACGUCCCUGUAGUUCGCUUCAUUCAUGAGACAGCAAAACACUUCUUCCGCGAGAACGAGGGCUUUCAUAUCCUUUACGACUUGAUUCUCGCUUCCGAAGCUGCGAAGGCGACACCAAAUCCAUUCUGCAGCCCGAGCGGUUGCUAUCUGACCGGUGGCCACCAGUUCAUUGUCAAUAGCUGUGCUUCAUACCUGAGCAUACAAGAACUCAGGCCUGAUGUUACAAAGAUUCUGACCUCAUCAACAAGACCACUGGUUGACGAGUUUCAUCUUCUCCAAUACAUCAUCGAGAGCUGGUUCCAUCACAUACAUGCGGCAGAGGAAGGAGGAUUAGCUCAAACACACAUCCUUAGAUGGCUUCUCUAUGUUCAGCCGAGUGCGCUGAAUCAGUGCAUUUGCUGGGCAGGCGAACAUGACCUCAGAUCUUGGAUACGCUGGUGCAUUGAGAAUAAGGUUGAUGUUAAUGUUGUCGAUGCAACUUUGUUGUCUUACGGACGUCCUAUCAGGAGCGCUGUCGCGAACGGGUUCUAUGAAGCAGCGAGGCUUCUGAUACAGGCCGGUGCGAAUGUCAACGGCAUUACUGGAGGACUGGAGACUACAUUACGAGUGGCCGAGAGGAUGAGGAACCAGGAAAUUAUCGAGCUGCUCAGGGAGAAUGAGGGAGUGCUUCGGCAACCGCACUGGCUUCCACCUGAGGGACAGAUCGUCAAGUUGUAG